UGACGUGAAUGACGUGUAAGGAAGUACAUGUGAGAAACGCGUGUGUUGAUAGUCAGAAAUAAGACAUACGAGCUAUGCUGCAGUCUACUAAUUUGAUUCAGCAUUUGAUUGGUUGUGAUGCACAGAGAAUCGAUAUUCAUUCUGUUCCAGUAGUUGAGAAUUCUAGCAGCUUGAGUUUUCAUGUCAGAAGAGGCGAUGGACUGGAGGAAAACAACUCACCGUUUACAUUUACACCACAGAGAAUUCGUUUGGACAAAGAUGAUGAGAUCUUUGUGGAUGGUGAUGUGCACCGACACUUGUACUUGCAGGAUCUUGUGACACCUUUUACUGAGGAAUCUCCAGCAUUAAACAUUUCAGAAUUCCAGUGUCAUAUUGCUGGCUGUAAGCAGCUCUUUGACACUGUUGAGGGAUAUGAGCACCACUACAAUUCACUUCAUCGUCAUGUGUGCUCCAGCUGCAAGCGCUCCUUUCCAUCCAACCGUCUGCUGGAUAUACACAUAUUGGAGUGGCACGACUCUCUUUUUCAGGUUAUGGCAGAAAGAGAGUGUAUGUAUCAAUGUUUGGUUGAGGGAUGUGGACUGAAAUUCCAAACUAGCAAAGGAAGGAAAGAGCAUCUGAUCACAACUCACAGCUAUCCAUCAGACUUCAGAUUUGACAAACCCAAAAAAAACAAAAGGGGAACAAACUUGGAAAAGAUUACUCAGCAGGAAGAAAUGUGUUUGACAGGGCCUGGUAAUGUAGUUAGUCGACAUGGAGAAUUAGAGAAUUGGGAGUUGAUGGAUUUUUCUCUCAGCAAAGAGUCUGAGAGCCACAAGCUUGUCCUUCCUGAGCAACAAAAAACACAUUAUUCAUAUAAGGUGCCACCAACUAUUUGUUUUGGCCAUGGCUCAGUCAGAGGCUUCAGAAGUGGAAGGAAAAAGAAAUAGACGAAAGCUUGCCUUUGUUAAAUACUAUAUCGUUUAUAUGAUCUUAUGCUUGCCUGCAUCCAGUCAUAUUAGACAAUUAUUUUUUCAAUAAAAAUAAAGCAAAA